GCGGCAGGAGCGGCCCUAGGGCAGGAUGGCAGUGAACCGGAGCCACACCGAGAACCGUCGCUGGGCCCUCAUCCCCUUCGGCGAAAGUGUCUUGAAGCAGAGUCAGGAUGUGGACCUCUCCUUCCUACAGCAACCAGUGGGAUAUGAUCUCUUUAAUGGUACAAAAAGAGGAACAUUGUUUCUCACUUCAUACCGGGUGAUCUUCGUGACUUCACACUUAGUCAGUGACCCCAUGCUUUCUUUUAUGAUGCCAUUUGGUCUGAUGAGUAAUUGCACCAUUCAACAACCAAUCUUUGCCCCCAACUACAUUAAAGGAACCAUUCAGGCAGCUCCGGAUGGUGGCUGGGAAGGACAGGCUAUUUUUAAAUUAUCCUUCAGAAAAGGAGGUGCCAUUGAAUUUGCCCAGCUGUUGAUGAAAGCUGCCUCUGCUGCUGCCAGAGGAAUUCCACUUGGAAGUGUAAAUUACUGGUUCGGCACUUCAGGACCCUAUAUAAUUACUGCACCAGGGGGCAUGAUGUGCACCCAACAGACGCCUUGUCCAGCAUACCCAGUUGUGGUCUACAGACCCCCACCACCAGGAUAUGGAGCAUCACCUGUGGGAUAUGGAGCCCCGCUUGGGGGAUAUGGAGCCCCACCUGCGGGAUAUGGAACCCCACCAGUGACAUAUGAAGCCCUCCCUGCAGGGUAUGGAGCCCCACCAGCUGGAAAUGAAGCCCCACCUCCAGCAUAUGAAGCUCCACCUGCUGGAAAUAGAGCUGCCUCUCACAAAUCUGUGGCAGCCCAGCCGGAGGUUUCUCUUCCAUCUACCUCAUCUUCUCAGGCUCAUUUACCACCUUCUAAGAAGUAAACAUUGAAGACUCACCAAGCAAAGGGCACCCUAAAACUGAAGUCACAAUAACAAGGAUGACUCAGGUGCCAAGCGUAGGAGGCGUUCCCUGUGCACGUAGCGGCCUGAUCCUCUCCACACACCCGUGAGGUCCUGUGCCUCAAAACACAGAUGAAUGCGAGAAGACUCCUGUUCUCAAGGAAGGAAAAUGCUUGAAAACAGACCGCAAGCCAACCAGAGUGAGAGAGAUCCGAACCAGCAAGUAAAACAGUUUGGGGAUGGAGACUGAUUUCUGCUCCCUUUCCAGACUGAUUCCUAAAAAGGU